AUGAUGCUGGUGAGUCGAAGAUACGUGGCGAAAUCCAUGGCGGGCGUCGCAGGAGGCACAAUACGCCUCUUCUCCAGCGCAACAACUACUGCUUGUAGCGGCACCGGAGCAGCAGCAGCAGCCGCCAAACAGUCUACGAGGAUGGGUGUUCCUACGUGGACGAAAAGCGGCGCCGUUUACUGGGUUCAGAUGGAUUGUGGGGCCCGGAGUGCUGGCACCGUGGCCCUGGGUGGCAAGGACGACUACGAGGAAGAGAAGAAACAGCAUGCAGCAGAUCAUGGCUCCCAGCGUUCCGUUGAUAACGGUUCCGGCAAUAAGGAUGAGAAAGGGAUUGCCAGUUAUUGGGGCGUGGGGCCCACCAAGCUUACCAAGGAAGAUGGCACCCAAUGGAAAUGGACUUGCUUUAGACCAUGGGAGACGUACAAAGCCGACGUCUCGAUAGAUCUGAAUAAGCAUCACGUGCCAACGACUUUCUUGGACAAAAUGGCUUACUGGACCGUCAAGUCUCUCCGAUGGCCUACUGAUCUUUUCUUCCAGAGAAGGUAUGGGUGCCGAGCAAUGAUGCUGGAAACUGUGGCAGCGGUGCCUGGGAUGGUAGGAGGGAUGCUGCUGCACUGCAAGUCCCUGAGGCGGUUCGAGCACAGCGGAGGGUGGAUCAAAGCCCUGCUGGAAGAAGCGGAGAACGAGCGAAUGCACCUCAUGACCUUCAUGGAAGUAGCCAAGCCCAAGUGGUACGAGCGUGCCUUAGUUGUCACGGUUCAAGGUGUCUUCUUCAAUGCUUACAUGUUGGGGUAUCUGCUCUCCCCUAAAUUCGCUCAUCGAAUGGUCGGGUACCUUGAGGAGGAAGCAAUCCACUCCUACACUGAGUUCCUCAAGGAGUUGGACAAAGGGAACAUAGAGAAUGUGCCAGCUCCAGCCAUUGCUAUUGAUUAUUGGCAGCUCCCACCUAACUCUACGUUGAGAGAUGUUGUCACGGUUGUUAGGGCAGAUGAGGCACAUCAUCGAGAUGUCAAUCACUUUGCCUCGGACAUACACUAUCAUGGCCACCAACUGAAAGAAUCUCCGGCUCCGAUUGGUUACCACUAG